AUGUCUGGAUCAUCUAGCCCAGCCGUUGGGGAAAGAGCUGGAGGUGCUUCUCCUGCUGAGAAAAAAAGAAGAUUCGCUGGUGCUUCGGACUUCUCCGAUGUCGUCUUGGAAGUAUGCGGCACCAAGUUUCACGUAAACAAACAACAGCUUGCAAGACACUCGAAAUUCUUUCACAAAAAGUUCUAUGAAGAACACAAAGUGGAUACUAGUGAACCAGUCAAAAUUUUCUGCUUCAAAGAGGAUUUCGAAGAAUUGUUGGAACUGAUGUACGGGUACAGCAAUGUAAACGCAAGAAACAUCAGAACCAUCAUUCACUGGGCGUCCCACUAUGAGUGCGAAGACCUCAUCAAACGAUGCGGGGAUUUCCUUAUGGAGGAUACCAAAAUCACCAAGGCAGAGCGGUUCGAGUGGGCUCUCCGUUUCAAGAUCGACUACUUGAAAAAAAAAAUGCUGGCGGAGAUCACGACCAUCGAAGAGUUGAGGUCGUUGCUUAAGAUGAAUGAUCUCGAAAGCUACAGUCACGAGGACACAACCACUCUCCUCAAAAUGGCACUAGAGUUGCCCAGAAGAGGAGCAGCUAAGCCGCGCAAAGAGGAGGCACAUGAGCCAAUUCAAGCUUCAAUGUCCCGGGUCCAGAACAAUGGACAAGAUAAGGAGGCCAAACGCAGAAUUGUUCCGGUCAUUGAUAUCGAUGGGCCGGAAGUGAAUAAUGCUCCUUCGAUCCGUCAUCUCCUCAACCUCCACAACAACUGGAGACGAGAGGACUAA